GAAUCUGCAUGUAUUAAAUUUGAAAUAAAACAGUCACCUCAAAUGUUAAACUAAAACAUGACCAACUUUUUAAGUUCAGACGAAGCAAUCAACUUGAAUGAGAUCAUCAAAUUAUUGUCAGAAAAAACUAAACAGAACGAUCGCACCCAACUUGAAACUCGAUGCAAACGAUUAUGUGAGCUCCUUGAGUGGUUUAGUGAACAUUUUAAACAUGACCGAAAGUUCAGUCUUCAUGCUCAUAAAGAAUUAUUCAAGAAACUAUUCUCUGUUAUUGUGAAACAAAAAGUCCCUGUUAUCUCUAGCAAUGAAGAAAUUAAGCUGAACAUAGUAAUUUGUCUUCGAAUGUUGAUGAGAGAUCCUUACUUUCAACAAGCUUUUAUUAGAAGUGAUGGGAUCACAUAUUUUAGUGAUAUGUUUCAUGUGAAAGCAAAGAACUACCUUGUAUGUGCAGAGGAAACCUGCGUUGUGGAUCUAACUGCUCAUCUUGCAUCCAUGUUCUACAAAUUGUCAAACCACCCAAAGAACCAUGACAUUUUAAUUGAUAUCUCGAUCCAUAAAACAAUGCUGCAUCUUCUUAAAGCUGGAGAUGUCUUCAUACUACAUUGUGCUCUACAUACGUUAACAGCAUUAGCUGAAAAUAAAACGUUGCGAACCCUAAUCGGGGAUCUACACUCGGUGGAGCAAGUGAUCCAAAUAAUUCAAGAAUUCGACGAUUAUUCGAAAUGUUGCGGCGCUGAUUUGUUGAGGACACUUUCUUCUGAUGCAGAAAUCCAGCAGCAGAUGAUGAUAUACGAUGCUCUUCCCGUUCUUUUAAGCGUUUUAAACGAUUGUGAGCAGUGUGACCUCUUGUGGCACGUUGUGUGGAUCCUUGUACAGCUCUGUAGCGACGUCGAGUGGGCGAACGAGAUACGCUUGUUGGGGGGAGUCCCUGUUUUGCUCAACCUCCUCAACUCGAAUCGAACUUUAAACUGCGGGAGGUUCAAAUUAUCGAGUGGUUAUGUUCGACACACACGAGCUGCUGUGACUCCUCUUACUUCCAAUAAAGAUGAACUAACCGAGUCCAAAAUCAGGCUAUACUCUGCAUGUUGCGCUGCACUAACAGAGUUAGCAUUAGAUGACAGAUGCACACAAACCAUCGUACAAAGCAAUGGCUUGUACAUCAUUGCCAAGUUUAUCCUGCCCAGGAAUCUACCAGAAAAGAGCAGCAACAGUGGAAUUCUUCUGCAACAAAACGCGUUUCGUGCUUUAAGAUUUCUAUUUUCCAUGGAACGAAAUCGAAAAAUGUUUAAACGACUAUUUCCUCCAGACAUGUUUCAGAGUUUUAUAGACAUUGGUCACUAUGUCCGAGAGUCUGAGGAAUAUAAACCACUGGUUGAACAACUUAACUCUAUGGAGGAACAAGGACUAGACGAUGUGCGCUCAGGCGUGGAGGAACUGAAUCAAAACAAAACUCCCAAGCGUAGAAUACGAGAAUAUGAUAUCUAUGAUAUUCUUGGUUCAGGGGCUUUUGGUUCUGUAUACAGAGUUCGCAAAGGGUCCAACCAAACCACUCUCGCUUUGAAAGAAGUUCGAAUGGUAACUGGGGGAGGGAAAAAAGGAAAGGAACGGCAAAAGAGAGAAAUUGAUGAGAUUGUUAGGGAGUUAAGUAUAAUACGGGAACAGCUGCGCCAUCCAAAUGUUGUUCGAUAUUAUUCAACUUUUCAAGAAAAUGACAAACUGUACAUUGAGAUGGAAUUAAUAGAAGGAGCUUCACUACAAGAUUAUUUUAAUUCAUUGAAGGAAAAGAAAGAACCAGGCAUGGGAGAAAUUAGGUUGUGGAGAGUCUUUAUUCAGAUGUGUCUUGCCUUGCGUUAUCUUCACUGUGACAAGCGUAUUGUGCAUAGAGACCUCAGCCCCAACAACGUGAUGUUGGGUGAAAAUGAUAAAGUUACUAUAACUGAUUUUGGACUCGCCAAGCAAAAACCAGAUUCAUCAAAAAUGAUGUCAGUUGUUGGAACUAUUCUUUAUUCUUGUCCAGAAAUUAUUAAAAAUGAACCUUAUAAUGAAAAGGCAGAUAUAUGGGCAUUAGGUUGUAUUUUAUACCAAAUGGCAACCCUUGACCCACCUUUUCUCACAAGUAACAUGUUGUCACUUGCCAAGAAUAUAUGCGAUGGUGAAUUUCCUCCAAUACCUGAUGAUGGAACAUACACAAAGCUCGUCAAUAAAACUGUUUCAUGCUGUUUAACAGUCGAACCGAGUGAGCGCCCAGAUAUCAUUGGUGUUUGUGGCGUAAUAUCCGGGCCACUCAUGCGUUACACGGACCAUAUCACUCAUCUCCACAUGGUGGCAGAAAAGAGAGUGGAAAAGGAGCGAAGACGAACGCAGCGACAUUUCUAUGAAGCUCGUCGUAACAGACAAGAUUAUCAGACAUUGUUUCAAGCUUCGCAGGGAUCUUAUGAAAGAGCGAGUCGUAAUUUUGAUGGCUCGAAUGGUAGUGUGACAUCACAAUCAUCAGAUAUUCCGACCACGAUGCGGUCAAAUUCUGAUGAAACAGAGGUUUUCGAUGCCGACAAUGCAACUGAAGACAAAGGAAUUGAAAUAAAAGUAGAUUCUUCCAUGGCAAGAAACUUUGUCAACGGGCAUGAUAAAGUCGAGACCCCACUCCGCAAACCCACCCGCCCCGUUUCAGCAGGAACGAAACAACCCCACCCACCAAGCCCCGAUUUAAGAGGGGAAGUACCUCGUCGAGCGCUAAGCUUCGAUUUAUCAGCUCGGAGCAAUUCCAACGAACUGAGAGCUCCACCAAGUGGUAGAAGCUUGAUGAAUUCUAGAGGUAGACCAGCAUCCUCGUGUGGCGGUACAUCACGUAUGUUGAGUAUUUCUCCGAGCAAGUUACGACAAAUCAACGAUCCAGUUCAACAGACGUUGAUCCAACUUCAUAAAAUUAUUUAUAUUGACCAGCUCCCACCCACAAGUGAAGUUAAUUUUCGAAGACGGAUAAUUUCUCGUUACAAAAGGUCAUUGUUCUCACCCAACAGUCCUUCUGCCGGCUUGAAAAAUGAACUAAAGAAGUUAUUAUGCGGCUCACAUGAAACAAUUGACGUUGGGUUCCUUGAAGCGACGUCAUUGGCUCAACGUGCAACCGCUGAAGCGGAAACUCGUGAGUUGCUGGGCGACCAAUCAACCACGACGGUGACGGCGGAACCUUCCAGUUUGUAUGAGGGUGGGAUAACUUACGGACAAAUGCAGGGUAUUAUUGAACGUGUGCUUAAAGAAAGUGGUUAUUAUGACAUCACAAACAGAGACAAUAGAUUGCUUUGUAAAAAUAUUUAAAAUCAACUUUGAUCUGGACUUUGAUCAAACUGGUGAGAUCUUUUGGAG